AUGGACAACAAGAACCAUCUUGAAUUCCUGGAAAAGCACCAAUUGCUAGACAAAAUCCGUAAUGAAAUGGGCUCAGAAAAAGCCUUCACUGCAUUUCUGGAGAGUGUACGGAAAUCGUAUGGUCUUGGGAAGGAACUAUUCGAUGAAUUCAUCUCCACUCCUGAUACCAAGUAUGCUCAUGCAAGAUUUAUUCUCUGCAAACAUUUAUUCAAUCCCCAUAUUAAGGCCACUAAUUAUAUUGGGUACUUGAGAGAGAAUAAUCUUGUUAGUAAUAUGCGAGAUGUAUUGGAUAGAAUUGAAAGAUCUUUUAAAGGACCCUCACUAGCAAAUGAAAAGAAAUUUGUUCUCUUCCUUGAUGGAGACAAUCUUUCCAACUUGUUAACAUUCAAGAAAUUGAAAGAAUUGUCAUUUAAAGUACAGUUUCAUGUCUGUCUCUUCCUCACUAAGGACAUUAUCAAUGACUCCAUGAUGGGAUAUGAACAUGAAGAGUGGCUUUCCAUCAUUUACUCUGAAACAAGGGAGAGGGAUGCUGCUGAUAAUUGUAUAACCUUUUUGAUGGGCAGAGUAGAUUCUAAACUUGACAGGAUGGAUUGUGACUUUAUUCUAGUCACUCGUGAUCACUUUUACAGAGAAAUGAUAUCACAAUUCGAAAAGUAUUUCGAUCGUCAAUGCCAUCAUUCCAACACCAUGGAUGGAUUGGAAGAGUUGCUCGAGAACAAUGAAACAUGUUUGAGAAAAAGACCAAGAUCUCUCUCCUCAUCAACAGUGACAGAAGCAAUUCCUCUCCAUUCUGUUGAGAUUAUGAAACUAGAUCAGAAAGACCUUUCUCCCGAGUUUCUGAUAGACUUCUUUAAAAAAUUCUGGUUAGGAAGUGGUAAAUCACAAGCAUCCUUACGAUUAAUGUGUUUGGAGAAGUUGGUUGCAUCGAGAUUGUUUGUUUUGCAGAAGAAUAAUACCCGCUUCGAUAUGAUACUUUUAGAUUACUACUCCUCAUUUAUAGACUGUAGUGCCAUUUGCAAUUUCGCAAUAAGGGUGAACCAAAACGUAGCGCCAAUCCAUAUUUUCUCCAUUUCCACCAGAUUUGGAGAAAAUGGAGAUUCUCCACUAAUUCAACAACACACUAACUACUACCAUCAAAAUAUCAUAGAGAUUGAUACUGAGAAAUCACAGUUACAAUCUCAAAAACAAUUCUCUCUCUUUGACACUGCAUUUAUUCUUGAGAUGCAUGAUGGAAUCAAUGUUUAUGUCACAUCUAAUUGA